ACUAUUCAUAAAUGAAAUGAUAAAUUUGACCGCCUUUUUUUGCAAAACAUUAGCUUAUAUUUUAUUUAAAUUAUUGAAAUUGUUUUUUUUUCGUUAACAUCAAUAACUAUUGUUAAAAUAUAACGAAUUAUGAAUAAUAAUCGUCAUCACACAGAAAAUGAUUUGGAAACAAUGAUGGAAGAAUCCAUGCUAUACGAUAUUGAUAAUCCGAUUGAUGAACAAGAUGUAGAAAUGUCGACAAAUUGUAUCGAAGACUCCGGUGUUGGUGGUUUCAUGUCAUCAACGUUUACCAAUAAUAUUGAUGAUCCAUUUUUUCGAUCCCGGCAAAAUCUAUCCUCUUUAGAAUCUAGCGAUUUAUAUAGAACAAAUAUCAAUAUGACGACUAUGACAGCAUCAAAAUCGAUGUCUUUAUUGUCCGAUCAAUCAUCAUCACGUGUCCGCGAUAUAUUUUAUUGUUCGAAUUAUUUUGAUCUCAACGAUAUUCUAUCACAAACUAUUCGUUUAUCGGUAAAAUUUCAACGUACAAUACCAAAAUUAGGUUAUCUAGAUCCUAGCCAACAACAACAGCAUCAAGAAGAUUGUACAAGCGAUCUGAUUAACCAUGAAAUUGUCAUUGGAACAAAAUUAGAAUUACCAUUAUGGAUUGUAAAAGAAUUGAAUGGCGAUCGUGCUGUAACAGUUAAUUUACCAAAAGGAUAUAAUCUAAUUUAUCGAGGAAUUCUUGAAGCCGAUGCUAAUUGUGUUAAUCUACAUAAAUUAGGACCUAAUUAUUAUUUAACCGGACGACAUUUGACCGGUAUGAAUCUGUCCGAAAGUGAAGAUGUAGCAGUUUCUAUGUUAAGUACAUUUAAACAACGAUUCCGUCGUUUGGUUAAUUUCGCUUUGAGUGGAAAUACUUCUGGCCGUAGUGGUACUAAUGGAUCAAUAUCAAAUAUGGAUGAUAAUGGCAAUUCAUUACAUGAAUCUACAUGUUCAUCAAUAUCAAAAUUAGAUUCAAUGAUCAAAACUGAUCAACAUGAACGAUUUUUACGUGAAACAGGCAGUAAAGGUCCAACAUCAAUAACUGAUGAAACAUUAAACGAUAUGAAUCAAUUCGUUGGACGUCUAGAUAAUUGGGAACGAGAAUUAUUAAAUGUUGGUCGACGUUUAGCUAGCCAAAUGAAAUCAUGGGAAAAUCGUGAUUUAAUACGUAUCAAAGCCAAUGAAAUGGUUUUAAAUCUAAGAAAAAGAAAGAUACUCCUUAACACCCAUAGCGACAGAUUGAUUUGAUAAUGAUUAUCUUUUACACCAUCUUAUUAUUCUGCUCACUGUGAUAAAUAGUUUUUUUAAAUAA